CAGCCACGAGGAACAUUGUUGUAACCCGUGAAAAUUAUUCAAUCCACGUGGCAUAACAUCAUCCCAAACCACAAGAUGGUUAGUUUUGAUUGAUGAUUACUGUCCUUAAAAAAAAUUUUCCAGUAAUAUUAAAAAUAAUAACAAAAUCUUUAAUAAUGGGUCGUUGGGUAGUUUCAGUGUCGUUUUUACCCAAAGACCAUCUGUUCCCUUCUUUGGCUUUCUUGUUCUUUUCUUUACUUUCCGUUCCCUUCCUUUCCGGUUUCCCACUUUAUUCCUUAUUGUUAUCUGUUACGGAUUCAAUUUUUAGUUUGCUGUAUUGUUGUUCUUCGUUAACGUUGUUAUUCAAGAUUAAUAGGAAUAUAAAUUCUUCAAUGAAGGGGACGACGAUAAGGAAAAGAAACAAAGCAGCGGUUGAUCGUUUAUUCUCCCAUCAGGAGAAAAGCGUCACCGGCCCCUGCAACUAUGGACACCGUGUCAUUAACUCAGAAGGUGACGGUUCCAAUGUUUUAAGCGGCCAAGAUUUUUCUUUCUUUGAUUUCAACUUAGGUUCUUUUGCUAAUGAUUUUCCUUCAUCCCCGCUAAGUAAGUCGCCAUGGUCGUCUCAUUUUAACCUAGACUUUGAAGGGAAAGAAAAAGAAAAAGGUGAUCGCCAAAUAAUAAAAGUGAUUUCUUCUAACGUGCUAAUGGGGUCAUUAAUACGUGAAGAAGGACAUGUAUAUUCAAUGGCGGCUUCCGGCGAUGUUUUAUAUACAGGUUCUGACAGCAAAAACAUUCGGGUAUGGAAAAACCAGAAGGAAUUUUGUGGGUUUAAAUCAAAUAGCGGGUUGGUGAAAGCAAUAGUAAUAGCAGGAGGUAAAGUAUUUACAGGACAUCAAGAUGGGAAAAUUAGGGUAUGGAAUAUAUCAUCCAAGAAUCCAAAGAUUCACAAACGAAUUGGAACACUACCAAAAUUUAAAGAUUUUGUUAAAAGUUCAAUAAAACCAAGUAAUUACGUCGAAGUUAGACGCAAUAAAAAUAGAGUUUGGCUUAGACAUUUUGAUGCCAUUUCAUGUUUAAGCUUAAACGAAGAUAAAACACUUCUUUACUCAUCUUCUUGGGACAAGACAUUCAAAGUAUGGAGAAUUUCAGACUUGAAAUGCCUCGAAUCAGUAAUCGCUCACGAUGAUGCUAUUAACUCUAUUAUAGCAGGAUUUGAUGGUUUAGUCUUUACAGGCUCAGCAGAUGGAAAGAUAAAAGUUUGGCGAAGAGAAUUACUAGGGAAAGGAACAAAACAUUUCUUUUCACAGACAUUACUAAAACAAGAAUAUGCAGUUACAACAAUGGCAGUAAACCCUGAAGCAACAAUCAUUUACAGUGGUUCAUCAGAUGGGUUAGUUAACUAUUGGGAAAGGGAAAAAAAUCUUUCACAUGGCGGUGUUUUAAGAGGUCAUAAAUUAGCUGUUCUUUGUUUAGUAACAGCAGGAAGUCUUGUUUUUAGCGGAUCAGCGGAUAUGGGAAUUUGCGUUUGGCGAAGAUUAGGGAGUGAUCAUGUAUGUUUAUCGUUGUUAAAUGGACAUACAGGACCUGUUAAGUGUUUGGCAGUAGUUGGGAAAGAUCACGAAUCAAUCUCCGGCGGAAAACGUUGGAUUUUAUAUAGCGGUAGUCUUGAUAAAUCGGUGAAUAUAUGGCAGGUAUUGGAAAAUGCUCCACCUGUGGCUUGGAAUGGGUGUGCUAGUUCCAUGCCAGUAUCUCUACCAGCAGCUCCAAGCACUAGUCAUGAAAGAAUGAGGCAUUUAAGACAUUAGAGAUGGGAAAAAAAGGGCUUUUUUAUUUUUUUAAUUUCUUCCCUGUGAUGGAUACAUGUGCAUAUGUGCUAGUCUUGCAUGUCUUAUUUUUACGAGGGAUUGAUGGUUCAUCUUUGUGUAAUUGUGACAGUGAGGGUAAUUAUUAAUUAAACAGGGCAAAUUGUAAUGCAUAGGGCAUAUGAGUAAGUGAAUUGAAUUUUUAACAAGAUUGUUCGUGUUAUUUC